AUGUGGAGGUGUUCCCUGUCUUGGUCCCAGGCGGAUUUCUGUGGCCUCACACACCUGGUGAAGCUGGACCUGAGUAAGAAUAAACUGCAGCAACUGCCGGCCGACUUUGGCCGUCUGGUCAACCUCCAGCACCUGGAUCUCCUCAACAACAGGCUGGUGACCCUGCCCGUCAGCUUUGCUCAGCUCAAGAGCCUGAAAUGGCUGGACCUAAAGGAUAACCCGCUGGAUCCUGCCCUGGCCAAAGUGGCAGGGGAUUGCCUGGACGAGAAGCAGUGUAAGCAGUGUGCCAACAAGGUGUUACAGCACAUGAAAGCCGUGCAGGCCGAUCAGGAGCGAGAGAGGCAGCGGCGGCUGGAAGUAGAACGAGAGGCCGAGAAGAAGCGGGAGGCCAAGCAGCGAGCUAAGGAGGCUCAGGAGCGGGAGCUGCGGAAGCGGGAGAAGGCGGAAGAGAAGGAGCGCCGGAGGAAGGAGUACGACGCCCUCAAAGCAGCCAGGCGGGAGCAGGAGAAGAAGCCCAGGAAGGAGACGAAUCAGGCCCCGAAACCGAAGGCCGGGCCCCGGCCCCGCAAGCCGCCCCCGCGGAGGCCCAGCAGGACGUGGGCCGUGCUGAAGCUGCUGCUGCUGUUGCUGCUGUGCGCGGCGGGCGGGCUGCUGGCCUGUCGGGUGCCCGAGCUGCGGCGGCAGCCCCUCUGCGCCGGCGUCAACGCCGUCUACGACAGCGCGCUCCGUGGCCUGCGCGGCCACCACAUCCUGCAGUGGGUGCUGCGGGCCGACUCGCAGCAGUGAGCUUGUCCUCGACGCCCGCCGCCUCCCGGCCCUGGAGCCUGGAUUCCUAUGGAAUUGGGUUCUGCGGGACACAGCCUGUUUGCGGCGCCAGACCUGCCUGCCAUCCUCAAGCGGCUGCCGACCGGUACUUGAGAUCCCCUCUUCUGGGACUGCUUUGUUCCUUAGCCAGGGCUCCCGGGCGGGGGAAGGCGAAGCGGGAGGUGGGCCGGUUACCUGCAUGCCUAAAGGAACAGGCUUGGGGUGGGCAGAGGGAAAAACAGCCUUUUCCAGUCGUUACACAAAGCUGUGUAAAGGCAAGGCUCGUUCCUACUAAACGGUCAGGUCAGCUGUCACUACAUUUA